CACUACUCUUUCCGUCGUCGUUCUCCCACCAAAAUGCUCUCCCGCCUUGUCGCUCGCCAUCGCCAUCUAAGCCUUCAAACCCUAACCCUAAUCUCCUCCAAUCAAGCCCUUCUCUCAUCGCCGUUGCGGCUUCCCACCUCUCGGGUUCCACUUCCACCCCCUUCUCCUGCUCUCUCCGCCACCCUCUUGUUCCGAUCCUUGAGGGCUUUCUCCACCAAUGGCGGAGAUGAUGGUGAUUGGAAGUUCACUCUGGAAUCCGAUGUUACGGAUUCCAUCUUCGGCAAGGAGGAGGCUGGGCUGUCCGGGAUCACAGAUGGUGCCGAUGAUACCACCAGAUCGGAGCCGCCAGCGGCCGCCGGUGAAUUGGAGCUGAAAGGUGGUGAUGAGUGGUUGAAGGAGAGUGGUUCUGGAAUGAAAGGGGAUAUUUUCUCAGAGAUCGAUAAGGAGUUCGUGGCGAAGGAGGAAGUGGAAAGCGGGGAUGGUGAGUGGAAGACGGCGGAGGGUUACCGCCCGUGGAGUUUUGGCGAAGAUGGUGAGAAGGGAGGUGAUGUUUUCAAUUUAGGAGAGACGGAAGGGAUUGACGGAAUCGGGAAUGCGGAGGUUGAUGACAUGGAGAAGGAGAAGGAGGAGGAGGAGCGGAGGAAGCUUGCGGAACGGGAGCAAGAACUCACUACUACUCUCAAAGGACCAAAUCGGGCAUUUGGAGAUCUGAUUUCAGCCUCUGGGAUAACAGAGGAUAUGAUUGAUAGCUUGAUUCUUCUAAAGGAUGUUAGAGGAGUCAAGGGAUUGCCUCCUCUUAGUGAAAUAGAAGAUAAAGCUAUAGCAAGAAUGAAUGCUACAUCUUCCAGGGCUGAAAUAGAGCGCAAGAAACAGGAGGAAAUUGCAAAAGCACGUGUUAGAGAAGUCGACGAAAAAGGAAGGGCAUACGGAACAGGAAGAAGGAAAUGCAGCAUAGCCAGGGUCUGGAUUCAACCUGGUGAUGGGACGUUCAUUGUGAAUGACAAACAGUUUGAUGUAUAUUUCCCAAUUCUAGAUCAUCGAGCAGAACUCCUCCGUCCUUUUACAGAGACUAAAACUUUGGGUCUCUGGGAUGUCAACUGUACUGUAAAAGGUGGUGGUGUCUCAGGUCAGGUGGGAGCUAUUCGUUUGGGAAUUAGCAGGGCCUUGCAAAACUGGGAACCUGGGCUUCGCCCAUACCUAAAAGCAGCUGGGUAUUUGAGAAGGGAUCCCCGAGUGGUAGAGAGGAAAAAACCUGGGAAAGCUAAGGCAAGAAAGAGCUUCCAAUGGGUCAAGCGAUGAGCAAGAGUUGCAGGUGAGGUUUGGCAUUCAUACACAGCCCAGCCAACUGUUAGAGAGCCCUUUGUUUGGUACUGUGCAAUUGAUCUUUGUCAGCCUUCAACAUAAGUCUCAUGAUUUUUGUACUUGAAGACUCACAUCAUAAGCCAUUUCUUGAGGGGAAAAAAAAACCACUUGGGUGUUGUUCGGGGUCUCAACAUUGUAUAUGUUCUUCAUUGUACGGUGUCGCACAAGUGCUCUUCUUUGCCCGUGCUCGAGAUCAAUUAUUCAAGAGUCAGGUUUCAGUUUUUUUUUUUAUUUAUUUCGGGUCUGGGUAAGAAUUACAGAAUGCCCUGCUGAUGAGUUUACAUGACAAGGGGAAAUAAUCCUGAAUUUUGAAUAGAAAUUGUGUUUUUCUUUGUUCUGUAUGGGCUUUAACAAAAGCAGCGGACUCUAAUACUGAUACAUUGAUAGGGCAUAUUGGCACAAAGACUUACAAUCCAGAGCUCCUUUUGCAUGGCGUCUUCAAGUUCUAAACUUUGCUGUGAAA